GGAAAAUAGGUGAGGGCAUUUUCGUCAUAUAAAAAGAUUUCUCUCUCCACUCUCUUUAUAUGACCAAGUUUCGCAAUUCGUUCGUUCUCUUCAUCCUUUGGGUAUGUUUAUCACUUUUUCUCUCUCUCUUCAGAUUUAUUUUUUCACCAACACACCCUUUGGAUCAUAAAACAUACCAAAUUAAUUUGAAUAUUAAUAAAUAAAAAAAAAUAAUAAUACUCAUAAACAAAUACAAAUACAAAAAAAAAAAAAAAAAUCAUUUCAAAGAUUUUGAAUUCAAUUAUAUUCAUACAAUUAACAAUUUCAGCUGUUUGUUAAUUGAAUAUUUGAAUUUUUCUCCGGUCAAAUUUUGCCGAAAAUCUUUGAAUUCAAAAGUUUUCGAAUUUUAAUUGAAUGAUAAAAAUACGAACAACAGGUAAGAAAUUAGGGUUCGGAAAUUUGUGGUUCGAUCGAAGCGCCAAGGUUUUUCCGGCGUCGACGACGGAGGUGAAUGAUAUGGAAGUCAAGGUUUGUAGUCCUGCCGGAGAUAUAUGGCGGAGAACGGUGUUAGGCGGUGGUGGUGGCGGAGGAGAGAGAAAGUUCAGCCAUGAAAGCGAGCAUGAUUUGGCUGCCAUGGUUAGUGAUUUUCUUGAGAAUAAUGGAAGUUAUAGUGCCGAUUCUUUGUGUAGCAGUGAUGGAGAAUCUGGUUUCUCCGAUCUUCACCACCUCGCCGACAAGAUUUCGUUCUUUAAGCGCUCGGUGGAUCAGUAUGAGAGUGACCUGAAUUCUGUUGUCCAAUCCCUUUUACUUUCGAUGGGUGGAAAGGAUCUUCAGCUUGUUAAGUCAGGUCUGUGCAAUGGAAGUUGUAUUCGUUAUUCUUUGGUAAAGCUUCUCAGAUCGUCGGGCUAUGAUGCUGCAGUGUGUGCUUCAAAAUGGCAAGGUUGUAACAAGGUUCCUGGAGGUGACCAUGAGUAUAUUGAUGUGGUGAAUUACUUGAAUGAUGGAAGCACUGAACGCUUGAUAAUUGACAUUGAUUUUCGAAGCCACUUUGAGAUAGCUAGAGCUGUUGAAUCAUAUGACAAGAUAUUGAAAUCACUUCCAGUUGUGUUUGUGGGCUCUUUGAUAAAGCUGAAACAGUUCCUUCAAGUUAUGGCUGAAGCUGCCAGGGUUUCUCUUAAGCAGAAUUCUAUGCCUCUUCCUCCAUGGAGGUCCCUCGCUUAUUUACAAGCUAAGUGGCAUUCGCCUUAUCAAAGAAAGGUAACUUUGGAAGAACCGACUGUCAAUAGCUCUACUGUCACUGGCCAUAAACAGUGCAGUGGUCAUCUAAGGCAGUUGCAGUCCACCCUUCAGUCGGAAAUUGGAACUGAGCGAUUGCUGAAGCCUAUAAAGAGUGAAGCCAGCAGAAGGCUGAAACUUGAAAGGAGGAAAGCCUCUUCUUUCAGGACCCUUUGAGCUGUACAAAAGUUUUUGCCGCGGGAAUUGUGACUUACGUUGAGAGAUUUUUUUUUUUUUUUUUCUUUAUCUUUAUCUUUUUCUAAACCUUACAAAACCAAAAAUUCUUUUUCUUCGAGAAUAGGGAAUAAAAUCGACAGUGGGAUCAUCUCAUGGUUCAAGAAAAAUAGCUUCGUACAACACAAGCAACAUGAUGUCGGCCUCAUUCCACGUCCAGAGCUUCUGUAUGUUUAUCAUAAGCUAACUUUGUGUUCUUGAAUCUCAUUGCCGGGACUCCCUUGGUUCUGAAGUAUCCUUGAUUCUUUUUCCUUUCAUUUUGGAUCUUGUAAUAUUUUUACUAUAUUUUUGGCAAUUGCCUAUAAAAAUGUAUUCCUGGACCGUCAUUUUUAGGUUCCCAGGAGAUUUUGUCAUUUUUCCACCAUUUUUACUAGUCUAUAAUCGUUGAUGUAAUCUCUAAUGGCAUUGUUGUUAAACAUAACUUUCCCAAUACAUCUUUACGGGUAUAAUAUAAGUAACUAUUGAAUAUGA